AGGAAGAAAGGGAGGAAGGAAGAAAGGAAAGAAAGAAAGGAAGAAAAGAAAGAAGGAAGAAAGGAAGAAGGAAGAAAGGAAGAAAAAAGGAAGAAAAGGAAGAAAACAAAUAAAAGGAAGAAAGAAACAAGAGAAGAAAAUAAGAAAGGAAAGAAAGAAGAAAGAAAGAAGGAAGAAAGAAAGGAGAAAGAAAGGAAGGAAGAGAAGAAGAAAGGAAGGAAAGAAAGAAAGGAACACAUUGACCCACCGUAUGCUCUCAGCACACUGACCCACCGUAUGCUCUCACACACUGACCCACCGUAUGCUCUCAGCACACUGACCGUAUGCUCUCAGCACACUGACCCACCGUAUGCUCUCAGCACACUGACCCACCGUAUGCUCUCAGCACACUGA